GAAGCUGAAGGUUCAGUCAGUUCAGAUCUCAGACUCCAUUUUGAGUGAACGGAGCAGAAGGAGGGAAAUUGGAGGCUGAGGCACCAGGGGAGGAGCAACUGAAAGUGAAAGUGUUCAGAGAUCAGACUCACCUGGACACAGCAAGAGGAGGGAAACUGACGGCUGAGGCAGGACGCCAAGAUGACAGACACGGACCUCAUCAACAUCCUGGACGAGCUGAGAGACGAUGAGUUCAAGCGCUUCAAGUGGUUCCUGAAGAGAGAGACGGUGGACAGCCUCCCGCCCAUCUCAGAGAGCCGGCUGUCGAAGGCGGAGAGGGAGGAGACGGUGGAUCUGAUGGAGCAAAAGUAUGGAUCUGCUGGAGCCGUGGAGACGAUGGAGAGAGUUUUAAAGAAGAUCUGCAGGAAUGACCUGGUGAAGAAACUAGCAACCGUCAGCUCAGGAGCAGCAGGUGCUGGUCCAGCAGGGACUCUGAGUGUCCCAGCAGGGACUUUGAAGGUCCCGUUAUGGACUCAGGACGUCUCAGCAGAGGAGAAGCUGAUGUCUGUCCGAACACAGUUCAUCAACAGGGUGUCUGAACCUGUUCUUCGUACGCUGCUGGAUAAACUCCUGGAGCGUGGGGUGAUAACUGAUGGUGAAAUGGAUUAUGCUGCCGUGACACCGAGCAGGGCAGACAAAGCUCGAGUGGUGAUCGACACGGUACGAAAAAAAGGAUCACAAGCCAGUGCAGCUCUGAUUGCUGCUCUCCGUGAGGUAGAUUCAUGCCUUUCAACAGAGCUGAACUUAAUGUGAAGCAGGAACUGUGUCUCACACCAACAUCUUCAAUCCUUUCGUUUCUUUUGUCGAACGUUUGGUAAAAACCUUCAAACUCUCAGACAUGAAUCAGAUUUUCCUGAACUGUCCCGCUCACAUGAUGAACUCCACAGCACGAAGUUCCCAGUGUCAGAGGUUGGAUGUGAGAUCUCUUCUGCUGGGACUCACUGAAGGUGUGUGUUUGGACUGUGGCUGCAGUUACUGAAUGUUUCAGAUUUAAGAUCAAUAAAGUUGUUUUCUGUUUCACGUCA